UGGCUAAGAUGGGGGGGGGGCGGAACUCACGGGGUCUGGUCCAGUUAAAAGGGUCAGAGCAGCCCUGGGGCCCAUCUCUCCGGUGGAGUCUUCAAACAGCUGGCGCUGCAGAUCCUAGGAAACUUCUCUUCGCUUCAGUCAUGGCUUGUGGUUUGGUCGCCAGCAAUCUGAAUCUCAAACCUGGGGAGUGCCUCAGAGUGCGGGGCGAGGUGUCCCCGGAUGCCAAGAGCUUUGUCUUGAACCUGGGGAAAGACAGCAACAACCUGUGCCUACAUUUCAACCCCCGCUUCAAUGCCCACGGGGACGCCAACACCAUCGUGUGUAACAGCAAGGAUGGCGGAGCUUGGGGGACUGAGCACCGGGAGCCUGCCUUCCCCUUCCAGCCUGGGAGCAUCGUGGAGGUGUGCGUCUCCUUCGACCAGGCUGAUCUGACCAUCAAGUUGCCAGAUGGGCAUGAGUUCAAGUUCCCCAACCGCCUCAACAUGGAGGCCAUUAACUACAUGGCAGCAGAUGGUGACUUCAAGAUCAAGUGUGUGGCCUUUGAGUGAAGCCAGCCAGCCAGCCCACAGCCCCCAAUAAAGGCAGCUGCCUCUGUUCCCCAUAACCCAA